UCGGACCGUGGACUGCGCAUUUACCAGAUUUAUUUUUUUUUCAUCCAUCCAGAACUUUUUUGUUUCCUCCUCCUCACUUUAUCUCCAAUGAAGCGCGACUUAGUGCUGUUCAAGUCUUCUACUUGACAACAUCAGGUCGGCUUUUCUUUCGCCAUGAGCUGCUUGGAUGUCAUGUACCAAGUGUACGCGCCGCCUCAACCUUACUUCACUCCAACUUACAGCCCGUACCACCACCAUCAUCAUCCUCACCCUCACCCUCAUCCUCAUCCUCACCACCAGAAAUUGGCUUUCUAUUCCAAAAUGCAAGAGGAACCCGUAAGCGGUGGGAACUCGUUCUCCAGCCAUCCGGCGCCCACCAUAAAAGAGGAGGAGUGUGCGCCGGAGAAGGAGCAGCCGCCCGAAGCUGAGUACAUCAGCUCACGAUGCGUCCUUUUCACCUACUUCCAGGGAGACAUCAGCUCGGUGGUGGACGAACACUUCAGCCGUGCCCUGAGUCAGACCAGUAGCUACGGACCUGCUUCAUCCGGUGGCAACAAAAGCGCACGAGGAACCACGUCCUGGAAAGACGGAUCGUUCCCCAUGAGCCAGCGUAGUUUCCCUCCGUCCUUCUGGAACAGCGCGUACCAGCCCUCCGUCACGGCGUCCUUAAGCAGCGCUCUGGGCGCGUCUCACACCGACCUGCCUUUUUCUGCUGACCCGUACUCGAGCGCCUCGUUACACAGCCACCUCCACCAGACGACGCCGGAAUCGUGGCACCCCACACACCACCACCACCAUCAUCCCUACCCCCUCGGCGGCUCCAUCGGCGCUCAGAGCUCGGCUUAUCCCAGGCCCUCGGUGCACGACGUGUACGGGACGCACUUCGACCCACGCUACAGCUCUCUUCUAGUGCCCUCAGUGCGGCCACACAGACUGCCCCCCGCCACGGUGCCCGCUCCCGGACCCUCUCCGUGUGACAUCAGUAAGAGCGAUCCGGCCAGCUCGGCAUGGAGCGGAGCGUUCACUGGGACGGGAUCCGAAAUGGGACAGAGCCUCAGCCUCAACGUGGAUGCAGCUCGGCGCUACGCGCUCUGCAGCGGGAGCAUCCUGAGCUGAAAUCGCACCACAGUGGAUAAAACCUUAAAGGCUCGGUAUGGAGAAUGAGAGCGAGAAAGAGAACGAGAUAAAGAUGGACGAGACUCGCUAGAGGAACGGCCUUCCAGAAAUACACGCCGGUGGUGUGACCGGCAGCUGUUCUCUCCGAAGUCGUCACACGUCCAAGAGAAAUAAAUAAGAAGAACGAGCUCUUCAUUCUAGGAUGCGUGAGAACCGAAAACGUCACAAGUGCUCAGAAUGUCCUUCACAACAGGGACCAUGGCCAGCGUCGAAGACAGCGUCGAAGACUGCAACUGUUGUUUUUUUUUUUUUCAGACUCUGAUGAGAGAGCAGCAUUCCCUGUCGUAUAUUAAGAAGAGACCGAGGCUAUUUGAAGCCACUUGACUCUAUCUAUAUUGCUCUCGACAGCUGUCAUCGACAACUGGCUUGGAGCUCAGAGGACACACACACACACACGAUCACAGAGUCGCUCUGCAACCCUAAUCACUCCUCGUUCCCGGGAUUCAUUUUUCCUUUUAUUUUUUAUUCCUUUUGUAUUAAAAGGAGCGUUUUGUCGAACACAUUCGCUUGGAAACAAACGUUUUGUGAUUUAAGGAUAAACAAGGGAAAGAGUUGACACACGAGGACGUGCCAGCAGAUAAACAAACACACCCACACACACACACACACACACGCACGGAACACACCUUUUCCAACGUUGCUGUAUAUACGCCUGUGUCUGAACGUGAAGUCGAAGCUGUGAACAUUGCCAAAAACCCGCUGUACCGAUUUCUAGCCGUGUUUACAUGCAGCCCGAGAAUUUUUUCCGACCAUAAAAAGAAUUUACAUCAAUACCAAUAGGUUUUUGUAUCCACCGAGGCCUUGGAGGACACUCUUUCAUUCCUCCUGUAUACUUGUAUACUGCCGGGAAUGACAAGAAAGCUUUCAAUUUUGUACGUUACUCACCGAUUUUUGCGCUGGAAAAGAGUAUUUGUUCCUGUCGUGCUUUUGAAACGUUUAUAACAAGUCUGCGGAUGCGUAAAAAAAAAGAAGGGGGUCUAAGAGUCUGAGAACACGUUAAAGAUGGAAAAUUUGGAGAAUUUUCAUGCACAGGAAGGACGUUAUGAUUUACUAUAGUGAAUUAAGACCUGUUUCUAUAGCGCUGUUUAAAUGCAAACCUGAGCAUGAUAUAUAGAAGAUCAGGUUCUACUUCAGGGCUUUUCUAUUAGACAUGUGAUCAGUUUGUACGGCUUGUACGGGGAGGUGGUAGCUUAGUGGCUAUUAGUGGCAUUGCACUUUGCAUCUGAAGGUCAUGAGUUUAAAUCCCACCCAUGCAGAGCUGCCUAUCUGGGGCCCCUGAGCAAGGCCCUUAACUCCCAUAGAUUCUCAGAUAAGGACGUCUGACAAAAUGCCAUAAAUGUAUCAUUUAAAAACAAAAAGCAAAACGUACCAAAUACUAUAUAGACUAUUUAACUAAUUAUGGAAAAUCAAGGCAAUUCGUCCUUUAUUGUCAUUUCAGCCAUGUACAGUAUAACAAAAGUUCCUCCAGGACCAAAGUGCCACAUGAAACAACAGACAGGCUUUUACUUUGCACAUGUACAUUACAGCACAGUGAAAUUCUUUCUCCGCAUAUCCCAGCUUGUUUGGAAGCCGAGGUCAGAUCACAGGGUCAGUCAUGAUCCAGGACCCCUGGAGCAGAAAGGGGUUAAGAGCCUUGCUCAAGGGCCCAAUAGCUUGAAUUAUUAACCUUUGCACAGUAACCCAGAGCAUGAAUUAUUAAGCUAUUCAUUUGUUUAACACAGACACACAUUAAAAACACAUAUAAGCACAAUGACAGUUCAGCACAGAGCUCAAUAAUAAUUAUAGCAAAAUGUUCGACUGAUUAUAUCAUUUGAGGUGAAAAAUCUUUUUAUACUUCUGAAAAGAAUGCACAAUAGACACACAUAUCCGGACCCUAAUGCUGUGUUUCAUUUAAUUCAGUGUUCAUGACGAGUUCAUGUUUAGCUUUUAUUUUUAUGAACAUUUCUCUCAGUUGUCUAUUCAGGCUUCAAUAGAAAUGACUCCGAUUUCCAUAGGUCAUAGACUCCACACUGUAUAGACAAAAAGUAUUGGGACACCUGACAGGCAUAUGCACUUCUUUCUCGAAUUGGAUGCUGUAAUAUUUUCCCUUCAUUCAAACUAGGAGAUUCAAACCUGUCCUAGCAUGACAAUACCACU